AUGGUUAAAGCAAAAAUUAUUGAACCUGAGACUCCGCUUUAGAAAAAAAAAAAGAGAAAUUUCAUUGAUCCUCAAUUUAAACUAGGUCUGAUAAAUAGUGUAGUAAUUGAUCGUCUGCCUAUAUAUUAAGCAGCGAUAUUGCAUAAAAUCAAAUAUUCUUCAGCCAAACAUAUUGUAAGAAAUUAUCUAAGCGACAAAGAUAAUUUUUUCUCAAAGCAGAAAAAAAAAUGUCGAUCAAUUAUUGAAAAUAAUUCUAGAAUAAUAGUGGAUGUCAAUUCUGGGAAAAUUAAAAUCAUAAAUUCUAGUCACACUAUUUUGCAGACUAAUUAAUAAUAAUGUAAUAAUUAAACAAUUGUCAAUGAUGUCCUCUCUGAUUUAUCACAUUAAUUAUUGAAAGAAAUAAUGAAAUCUUAAAAUAGUUACCUUAAAUAUCAAUAAUGCUUUAAACUCUAAUUACCCUAAAUAUAUCUAUCAUUUGAUUAGUAAUUAUCUAAAUUCAAGACCAUACUCAGCACUUAGCAUUAGCUAAUGAAUUUAACAUGA